AUGGUUUGCGAUCGACCUCCUCGGUUCCCACAUGGUUUAGCGUACCAGAUGGUAGGGAAGCAACCAUAUCCGUAUUUGUGGCUGACCCUGAUCAUGAUGCUGGGAUACAGGAUCUAUCAUCGCGGCGUCAUUUUGUGUCGCGUUGAGCCGAUGAAUGCAUACCUUAUUAAUUUUCCCCUGCCUAUGGGCUCGCUACGGCUCCGAUCUCACACAAAACACCCUCGCGCUGCAGGUGAUUCAUGUGACGAAUGGAGAUGCGAACACCACUACCCACCCCUUGAUGGCAGAACCUUAUGCGCAUAUGUGACACUGUGGCACGAUGCCGAUACCACAGAUCGUUGGGUUGAUGCCAAUUAG